GUUACCUGUCAGCGGCCGCGGGAUGGAGGGGCUCAUCGAGCUGGUGAACCGGCUGCAGGACGCCUUCGCGGCGCUGGGGCAGAGCUGCCUGUUGGAGCUGCCGCAGAUCGCUGUGGUGGGCGGGCAGAGCGCCGGCAAGAGCUCGGUGCUGGAGAACUGCGUCUCCAGGGAUUUUCUUCCACGAGGAUCUGGAAUUGUAACAAGGCGACCAUUGGUUUUACAGCUUGUCACUGCCAAAACAGAAUAUGCGGAGUUCCUACACUGCAAAGGGAGGAAGUUUACAGAUUUUGAUGAGGUUCGUCAAGAAAUUGAAGCAGAAACAGACAGAGUGACGGGACUGAAUAAAGGCAUUUCUUCAAUUCCUAUUAAUUUAAGAGUGUAUUCCCCACAUGUGCUAAGCCUGACCCUUGUUGAUUUGCCUGGAAUCACUAAAGUGCCAGUAGGGGAUCAACCUCCAGAUAUAGAGCAACAGAUCAGAGAUAUGAUUAUGCAGUUUAUUUCUCGUGAAAACUGUCUGAUCCUGGCUGUGACUCCAGCCAACACUGAUCUUGCCAACUCAGAUGCAUUGAAGUUAGCUAAAGAAGUAGACCCUCAAGGCCUGAGAACCAUUGGUGUAAUUACAAAACUGGAUUUGAUGGAUGAAGGAACUGAUGCAACAGAGAUUCUGGAGAACAAGUUGCUCCCUCUUCGUAGAGGGUAUAUUGGAGUUGUAAACAGAAGUCAGAAAGACAUUGAUGGGAAGAAGGAUAUUAAGGCAGCCAUGCUGGCAGAAAGGAAAUUCUUCCUUUCCCAUCCAGCUUACAGGCAUAUGGCAGACCGGAUGGGAACACCAUAUCUGCAGAAAGUUCUAAAUCAGCAACUCACCAAUCACAUUCGAGAUACACUGCCAACCUUCAGGAGCAAACUUCAGAGCCAGCUGCUUUCUAUAGAGCAUGAAGUAGAGGCAUAUAAAAACUUUAAACCAGAAGAUCCGACUAGAAAGACUAAAGCCUUACUGCAGAUGGUUCAACAGUUCUCAGUGGACUUUGAAAAAAGAAUUGAAGGAUCAGGGGAUCAAGUUGACACAUUAGAACUAUCUGGUGGUGCCAAAAUCAAUCGUAUUUUCCAUGAGCGUUUUCCUUUUGAACUAGUAAAGAUGGAAUUCAAUGAGAAAGAACUGCGGAGAGAAAUAAGCUAUGCAAUCAAAAACAUACAUGGUAUCAGAACAGGUUUGUUUACUCCAGACAUGGCCUUUGAGGCUAUAGUUAAAAAACAGAUAGUGAAGCUGAAAGGGCCUUGCUUAAAAAGCGUGGAUCUGGUGAUGCAAGAGUUAAUCAACACUGUCAAGAAAUGCACUAAAAAGCUGGCGACCUAUCCAAGGCUGUGUGAGGAAACAGAAAGGAUUGUUGCUGGCCACAUUCGAGACAGAGAAGAGAAGACCAAGGAACAGGUACUGCUGCUAAUUGAUAUCCAGGUAUCUUACAUCAAUACCAACCACGAAGACUUCAUUGGCUUUGCAAAUGCCCAACAACGAAGCAGUCAGGUUAACAAAAGUGCAGUUGGAAAUCAGGGAGCCAAUCUACCGCCUUCACGGCAAAUUACACCAAGUUUAUCUAUCAGAAUUCUGAAGGAAGGAACUGUGUCAUCGUCCAUUCAUCCUGUCCACACAACCCAGCUGCCGGUCAGAAUAUUGUCUCCACUCACUUCUGGCAUGGCUUAUGUUUCUCACCUUCCUGAUGUUCAUAACUCAUAUCACUCAUAUCCGGUGAUCCGGAAAGGCUGGCUCACCAUCAACAAUAUCGGCAUCAUGAAAGGGGGGUCCAAGGAAUAUUGGUUUGUUCUGACAGCAGAAAGCUUGUCCUGGUAUAAAGAUGAGGAGGAAAAGGAAAAGAAGUACAUGCUUCCCUUGGACAACCUGAAAGUGCGAGAUGUUGAAAAGAGCUUCAUGUCUAGCAAACAUAUUUUUGCCUUGUUUAACACGGAGCAAAGGAAUGUUUACAAGGAUUAUCGCUUCCUUGAGCUGGCCUGUGAUGCCCAGGAGGAGAUGGAUAGCUGGAAGGCAUCCCUGCUGCGUGCUGGUGUCUAUCCUGAUAAAUCCUCAGGGAACAACAGAACGGAAAACGAUGAGAACAGCCAGGCAGACAAUUUCUCCAUGGACCCCCAACUGGAGAGGCAGGUGGAGACUAUUCGCAACCUUGUGGACUCCUACAUGUCUAUUAUCAAUAAGUGUAUUCGUGAUCUGAUACCAAAAACAAUCAUGCACCUUAUGAUCAACAACGUAAAAGAAUUCAUAAAUGCAGAGCUCCUGGCUCACUUGUAUUCCUCUGAGGACCAAAACACCUUGAUGGAGGAGUCAGCAGAACAGGCUCAGAGGCGAGAUGAGGGGCUUCGCCUGUACCAAGCCCUAAAAGAAGCACUGGCAAUCAUUGGAGAUAUUAGCACUAGCACUGUAUCUAUCCCUGCCCCACCUCCAGUUGAUGAUUCUUGGCUACAGCAAUCCCGCAGAUCACCCCCUCCAAGUCCUUCAACUCAGAGAAGGCCUACAUUAAAUAAUCCCCCAACCAGACCUUUAUCUGGCCGAGGACCUGCUCCAGCAGUCCCAUCACCAGGCCCUCUGUCUGGGGCUCCACCGGUCCCAUUCCGUCCAGGACCAUUACCUCCAUUUCCUAACAACAGUGAAGGUCUUGGGACACCACCGCAGGUUCCAUCUCGGCCAACGCGGGCUCCUCCCAGUGUUCCAAGGCCAAGGGAGGAGUCAGUCUUCUCUUUCAGUAACUGGCGAGUGGAUACAGAUGGCUUCUCCCGUCCUGACAGUCCAACACACUUGCUUGAUAUGUGAUUUGUUCCAUGUUGCCGGCUGUUUGUUUUGUUCCUGGUUUGUGUUUUAUCCCUCUCUACUUUUCCAGAAUGAUGUACACAGCGGCGGCGUUUUGUGAGGAGCAAGUGCUCAGUUUCCCUCUGAAUGUUGCUCUGUAUGUUAAUGGCCUCAUUAAUAUGAGCCACAACACCUGCCAUUGGUUUUGUGGUAUGUAAAUGAUUACUGGCAUGGACUUUUGCACACUGUGACUGGAUCUCUGAAUCCUCAGUCAUUACCGAAGGUCUCAUACACCUGCUGUAAAAAUGUCGCACUGCAUUUCUGAACCUGAAAUAAAGGUAAACGCUG